CUGCUGAGAUAAACCGAAAUGAUGCGAUGCUGUUGUCACAUGAAGAAUGAAGAGACUACUAACGUUGCUGCCAUUGAUGAUUUUGAGUUAAAGACAAAGAUGGUAAAUGGGUAGGGUCCCAUGAAGCUGCUUCUAUUUUCUGGACUAUUUGGGGGGUUCACCACGUGACUCAACUCAACACCUUCUACAUCACUUCUUUCACUUAUUUAUUUAUUCCUUCUUCCACCAUGCUUUCAUCUCUCACUCCCUUAAUAUUCAAUCAAUGAAGCAACACUUUGCUUUUCUUUUCUUUCUUCUCCUUCUUUCCUCCUUCCUAGUUUCUCCCCGUCUCCUUCAACCACCCAAAGGUGAGAAGGAAGUGCAGCUCAAUCAUCGGUCCUUCUUUCACCUAAAUGACAAUAUGGAAGAAUUAAUGGGUUCAGAGGAGUGCUUUGUGAAGGAUGAAGGGUGCAAUAGCAGAAGGAUGAUGGUGGAGGCGCACUUGGAUUACAUCUACACGCAACACCACAAGCCUUGAAUUAAUUGGACUUGAACUUUGGUUCAAAGGCAGAGUAUUAAGUACGAGUCCCUGAUAUAAAACCAAUAAAACCGUCUUCUGUUUUUUCCGGGAUUCAAGUUGUGCCUGUCAUUGAAAAUGAAAAAGAAAUAAUUAAUUAUAUUAGCUAAGGAUAGAUGGUGAAUCAUCACAUAAUUUUUCGGGAUAUACGUUUUCCAUGGUGUAUAUGUUUAUUCACAAAUCAUAAACGUCUGAUAUUAUUUAUAUAAUUAUUCCUAUAUAACUGUCA